GAUGAGGAGAGCCUCGCCAGAGAAGGAGAUGAUUACGCAUCUGAUGCAGUUGGUGGUGAUUCUGAUGACAAUUUGCACAGCCCAUUGAUAUCACGUCAGACAACGAGCCUUGAAAAGGACCUGGGCCCACCUCCCCAUGGGAGCCUUGCUAGCAUGAGAAACAACAGUCUCAUUGGUGGAGAAGGAGCUGGUAGCACCGGGAUUGGUGGCGGUUGGCAACUGGCAUGGAAAUGGUCUGAGAGAGAAGGCCAGGAUGGACACAAGGAAGGAGGAUUCAAAAGAAUUUAUUUGCACCAGGAGGGUGUCCCUGCAUCUCGCCGUGGAUCUAUUGUUUCGGUUCCUGGUGGUGAUGCAGCGACAGAUGGUGAGUUCAUCCAGGCCGCUGCCUUGGUGAGUCAACCCGCUCUUUAUUCCAAAGAGCUUAUGAAUCAGCAUCCAGUUGGACCAGCAAUGAUUCACCCAUCUGCAGCUACUGCAAAAGGGCCAAUUUGGAGUGAUCUUUUCGAACCAGGAGUCAAGCAUGCUUUGGUUGUUGGGGUUGGACUGCAGAUACUUCAGCAGUUCUCUGGGAUAAACGGGGUUCUCUACUACACUCCACAAAUUCUUGAGCAGGCAGGUGUUGGAGUGCUUCUUUCAAACAUGGGCAUUAGUUCAGCUUCUGCAUCUCUGCUUAUCAGUGCAAUAACAACCUUGUUGAUGCUUCCUAGUAUAGCUGUUGCCAUGAGGCUCAUGGAUAUCUCUGGCAGAAGGAGUUUGCUGCUCACCACAAUCCCAAUCUUGAUAGCAUCUCUUGUCAUCCUGGUCCUUGGAAGUCUUGUGAAUAUGGGCAGCGUUGUGAAUGCAUCAGUUUCGACUGUUAGUGUUGUGCUCUACUUCUGUUUCUUUGUUAUGGGGUUUGGGCCAGUCCCCAACAUACUCUGCGCAGAAAUCUUCCCCACCCGAGUUCGAGGCCUCUGCAUUGCCAUAUGUGCCCUCGCGUUUUGGAUUGGUGACAUCAUUGUCACCUACUCACUUCCUGUGAUGCUCAAAUCUGUUGGUCUUGGUGGCGUUUUUGGCAUGUACGCGGUUGUGUGCGUCAUAGCUUGGGUUUUUGUUUUCUUGAAAGUUCCAGAGACCAAAGGCAUGCCCCUUGAAGUGAUUAUCGAGUUCUUCUCCGUUGGUGCAAAGCAGGCUGCAGCUGCCAAGAACAAUUGACUUGGUCCUUGGUGGACUAAAAUUUUUGAUGGCUGUUUUAUCGUCCUGGUUUUGCUUCAAAUUUACUUUUUCUUUAGUUGUUUGUAAUUGGUACAAUCGGUCCCCGUAGAAAGGCUCAUGUAUAAUUAUCCCUCAUUUGUUAUACCUGAUAUAAAUAACUUCAAGAGCUUUUGGGUACCA